AUGGGCGUCGAAAAUGAUUCUGCGACGCUGGAAAUUAGCAAGAAAAGGAGACUCGGGUUUGACAAGAAGCAAGCGACGUUUUCGUCUAUGUCUUCGUCGCUUAUGAUGACGUCCGCUCUGCGACAGAAAGAACGAUUCAAAGCGUUCGUAGAAUUCUCGACGGCGAUAGACGAAAAGCUAAGAAAACUGCAUUUGAACAUGACCGAGCGGGUGUUUCGGGAUAUUCUGAUGUAUGUUUCUGAAGUAGAAAGCCUCAUGGACGCGGAACGAGUGAUCGAAGACAGCGUUCGUCUUCUGCCAGUGAUUUGCUUCAACACCGGCAUCAAUCUAGCCGAUCACAAGGAGACGUUUAAAAUCCUCGGCAAAUAUCUCGAGAAGGAGCUGGGCGAGUCAAACAUAAAAGUGUGCAGACUCGCGGCAAGCAAGGUGACGACGCUGAAAUCGACCUUCGCAAGCAUGUGCAACCAGCUGGGCGUCAAGUACUCGGUCGACGCGACGAUCACAAACAUUGAGAAGCACUUUCGUCAAGAACAACUUCAACUGGACGAAGAAGAGCUGCAAAAGACGCAAGAGCCACUGAUCGUCAUUAUUCUGGAAAACUGCGAGGCCAUCGACAUUCGAAUCUUUUCGAAGUUCCUGGAGAUCAUCGCAAAUGCGCAGAGCAAGCUCAAGAUCAUGGUCAUCCUCGGAAUAGCUACUGACACCGAAAUGCUCAAAGAUCUAAUCCCAUAUGAAGCGCUUUCGCUUUGCGAUAUCAAACAGUUUCGCUGCUUGGCGGCGACGCAUUACCUCCAAGAAUUCCUCGACGCGGAAGUUAUGCAUCCUGAUUCAUACUUCCAACUUUCUGGUCGCUGUUUCGAGUGGUCCCUUAUUGAGUUUCUUAGCCAUGACUUCUCUGUGGCAAACUAUGCCUCAAAGUUAAAGUUUGCAGCUUUGGCGCAUUACUCAAACUACUUUGCUUCUUUCGCUUGUUGGCCUCGAGAAAAGUCACUUGAAAUUGCGAAAACGAUCAGCAAACGAGAAAUCGCUAUUGUCAACUCUCUUCCUUCAGUAAAACAAAGUCCGAUUUCCUCGGCAGCGGAGUUCGUCGCAGCAAUAGAAGAAUUCUUCGACAACGAGCGAAAGACGCGCAUGUUGCUCAAGUGUCUGCUCUCUGUUCAAAGUCACUUCAUCGACCCUGUUUUCGGAACGCGCUCGCCAAAUAUAUAUGCUGAAGCCGUUUCCGAUACAUUUGAUCGCUUACAAAAUGAGGACUUGAACAAAUUACUCGAAGACCCCGACCUCAAGGAACCAGAAAUUAAGCGGCCGAAGAGAGCAGCGAAGAAUGCAUUCGAGCUUCAAAAGCAACUCAAGGACAUGGCGCUACAGAAUAAGCCGGGUCCGAAGACCGUUUUUCAGGAGGUCAGAAAGGAAUUCUGCGGGAGACUAGAUAAAAUCGUCGAAAAAUACUUGAGUAAGGCGCGACAAGAAAAGCCUUUCGCGGAGAUUUUCUUCUUUUACAAACUCAAACUGGUCGACAACAAGAUGGUCCCUCCGAUGGUCAAUAACAUCGAGCGCUCCCUUAAGAAUCCGUUUCAAUACACUAAGGACGAAAAGAUGCAACUGGUAAACGCAGAUAGCAGUAAUCCCAACCUUCCGCCUGUGUGUGUUGCUUUCAAGCUCUUUACUCAAAUGGGUUCGAUGGUGAAUGUCGCAGACUGGCUUGACUCCUUCAAGUGUAUUCUUGAAACCAGAAACAAGAAAAUCAAGAAGGAAGACUUGGAUGCCACGUUUUUUCAAUCAGUCAGCGAUCUUCAGUUUCUCGGCCUUCUGAAACCCACACAGCGAAAAACCGAUCACGUCCAGAAAGUCACCUGGGCACUUUGA